CAGCAAUAAAGAGACUGGCAAGUGAAGUGCUGUGGUAUGUGUUCAGCGGGUCUGGCAGGCGGUCUUUUCGAUGCACGUGAUGUCACGUGCCAGAAUGACGGAUACUCGCGGCUGAGUGAGGCUCGCUGUUUCCUCGGAACGCCACUAGGCUGCUUUGGGAAGUCUCUGUCUUGAGUUGGACUUGAGCUUCGACUCCGAACCUGAGAAUUGCCAUCAAACAGGACGUCCCAAGAAUUGACUCACGUUUCUCUGCCUGUUGACCUUUCUGUGUCCCUCUUUGGCGAUCAUAGCACCCUUGCGACCUUUUGUCGCCUCCUGUCCUGUUCCCAGUCCUCCGAGCGUCUGCUCUCCCGUCUACGAUGCUGAAGACAUUGGUCCCCCGAGGAAGCCGGUCGCUUCUCUCCUCAAAAGCUCCGUGUCUUGGGCCUGCGAACCUUCGAACAGCCCCGAGCUUUCAGAUAGUCUCACCAAACCAGCAAAGAAGAAGGGGCUACGCCUCAGAAGCUUCAGAAUAUGACAUUGUCUUCAUUGGAGGCGGUGUCGCAGGCUACGUCGGCGCGAUCAAGGCUGGACAAUCCGGCUUGAAGACCGCUUGUAUUGAGAAGAGAGGCACCUUGGGUGGUACAUGUUUGAACGUUGGCUGCAUACCUUCGAAAUCCCUGUUGAACAACUCGCACCUCUACCACCAAAUAUUGCACGACACGAAAAAGCGUGGCAUCGACGUCAACGAUGUUAAAUUGAACCUCGCGCAAAUGAUGAAAGCCAAAGAUGAGUCCGUGUCCAGUUUGACAAAGGGUGUGGAGUUUCUGUUUAAGAAAAACAAAGUGGAUUACAUUAAAGGCACUGGGUCGUUUGUGGACGAACAUACGAUCAAAGUCAACCUGAUUGAAGGUGGAGAGACGGAAGUCAAGGGCAAGAACAUCAUCAUUGCUACCGGUAGCGAGUCGACGCCUUUCCCUGGCCUUGAGAUCGAUGAGAAGAAGGUUAUCACAAGUACUGGCGCCAUCGCCCUGCAAGAGGUCCCGAAGAAGAUGGUCGUCAUUGGUGGUGGAAUCAUUGGUCUCGAGAUGGCAUCAGUGUGGUCACGACUCGGCUCUGAGGUCACGGUGGUUGAAUUCCUGGGACAGAUUGGCGGACCUGGCAUGGACGCCGAGAUCGCCAAGCAGACGCAGAAGAUCCUCUCGAAACAAGGCAUCAAGUUUAAAGUCAACACAAAGGUCACUAAGGGCGAUGCUAGUGGAGAGGGCGUUAAGCUCGAGGUCGAGGCCGCCAAGGGUGGAAAGAACGAAACCCUUGACGCGGAUGUUGUUUUGGUCGCCAUUGGCCGUCGGCCUUACACCGAAGGCCUCGGCAUCGAGAACAUCGGCCUGGAGCUGGACGAGCGCAAGCGCCUGGUGAUCGACCAGGAAUACCGGACAAAGAUUCCUCACAUCCGAGUGAUCGGCGACGUGACAUUCGGGCCCAUGCUGGCUCACAAGGCUGAAGAAGAAGGUGUCGCGGCGGUUGAGUUUAUCACGAAAGGCUACGGACAUGUCAACUAUGGCGCCAUUCCUUCGGUCAUGUACACCCAUCCCGAAGUGGCGUGGGUAGGCCAGAACGAGGCCGAGCUGAAGGCUGCGGGCGUCAAGUACAAGGUUGGCACGUUCCCUUUCACGGCCAACUCGCGGGCGAAGACGAACCUGGAGACCGAGGGUCUGGUCAAAUUCCUGUCGGACGCUGAAACGGAUCGCAUUUUAGGCAUUCACAUCAUCGGCCCCAAUGCCGGCGAAAUGAUUGCCGAAGGUACGUUGGCGCUUGAAUAUGGGGCGUCGAGUGAGGAUGUGGCGCGGACGUGCCAUGCCCACCCGACACUGGCGGAAGCGUUCAAAGAGGCCGCCAUGGCGACGUAUAGCCAAGCCAUCCAUUUCUAAGCUUGAACAGGCUGGGGAUCUGGGGCAUGGUGAACGGCACGCGCCGUUUUCAGGGAUUUUGGCUAAAUAGCGUUAAUGGACUUUUGGCGGCAGUCAUGCUGUGGGCGGAGCUGGGGUUGUGAACAGGGCGAAUGCCGUCACUCGGCCAGCCUCCAGCCCAGCGCAAGACCCCAAAAACACCUGUAGAUUAUGAAAAUUUGGUUUUUCAUUAAUUGGCCGCCACCUGAAAACAGGACUAGCUAUCAUAUCACAGUGACAAAAGAUGCAACACGUCGACGGCAACGACGUAUAAAAACAACCCAGCUCAGGCAGGUAUCAUACACAUUAAGCCUUGCCCGACUUCAACAUCCUGCUUAUCAUUGAGGUUGAUCACACCAUCGAAGGCGCUGACAUGACGCUUCUCUUUUUUUUUUCCCUUUUGGUAUUUUUGGCCGUAUCGCGUGGUUGCCCGGCGCAACAGCCCACGUGCAAACGCGGGUGUUGAAAGGCAUUGCUCCAACAAAAUGACAGGCAGCGGGGACAUGCGAGAAAAAAGCAGGUCAAAUCAGAACGCCGGGUAUCUGUCCCAUUAUGACGCCAGGUCUGCGGGCUCAACACCGCUUCCUGUUUUAUCGUCGUGGUAGUUGGGAAGCUCACAAGUUGAAAGCCAGACGCGGGGGAGUUCAAACUCCGACUCCUGCAAAAGAUGGUCAGUCAGAAUGCCAGCGAGAAAUCGUGGGGAAAGUAGUCUCUCAGCAUACGUGAUGCAGAUGUCCGGAGGAGAAGAAAUCCUGGCCCGUAGCGUUCCAUUCAUUUUGUC